GGUUAUGCGCUCCUCGAGCAGGGACGUGCUCUGUACGAAUCUGUUGACAUGCUUUUGCUCCAUUUCUGAAUACUGUGCUGUAUUUUUGCUUUAGUAGGUUAUCGCGCAGGAUCUGGAGAAGUUUACAGAUGUAGACUGUAAACUCGACUGCAGUCACUGACUAUGGCCUUUAUAUUGAACGAAGGUAAGUUUUUCUGUGUUUUUUAAUGAAUAUGCAAACCCCUGUCUUACAGGAGCCUCUUAAUACAAACUAUGAGCCACAGGUGUGCACAUCCAGAACAGUGACUGAAAGGAAUAGGACAGGCAACCGAAAUAGUGUUCAAGAAAGUAACUGAAAGAAGCAGGAAAAUGUGCACUUGAACAGCAUUAAAACGUGUCUUUCAUUUGCAUUUAUUUAUAGAUUUUAAAGGAUAUUCCGGCGUAGAAUUAAUUGAGGGUCAAACACACAGUAACACACCUCGAGAGAUGAAUGUUGAUGACCGCUUGCUUCUCUAGUUAUACCAACUUUAGCAACAACCGCAGGAUAGCAAUACACAGCGGUCUGAGGAGCCACGCGCAAACCUCAACCAAAACGCCACACUUUAACCACAAAUAAUGCUCAGAACAGCACCUAACUUCAUCAACAGUACAUAUAGUGCCACAGUCACAGUACUGGCCAUCAAACUUCUUUUUAACUAAACACAACUCACCCACUCUCCUCCAGCAGCCGCUUGUUUGUAGCAAGGCCUCAGGCCAGUCCAUUGCUGACUGCUGCGGGGUGACGCAGCUCAAGGAAGAACAUUUACGAUCAUUUCUUUAUGGAAAUGCAAUUAGACCAAGACGCUAAGGCAGAAGAACUACCGCGCCUGCUGUGCAAAAUGAUUAAAAUGGUGAUUAUUACUUCAAGAAAAUGAUGAAGUGAUGAUCAUAAAUGUUCUUCCUUGAGCUGCAUCACCCCGCUUUAGUCUGUAAUGGACUGGUCAAGGUCUCGCUACAAAAAAAGCGGCUGCUUAAGGAGUGUGGGUAAGUUGUGUUUAGUCUCUUUGUUAAAGAAAUCAGGCAAAGUUAAAAAGAUGUUUGGUGGCUAGUACUAUGGCUGGGACCCUAUAUGUACUGUUGAUGAAGUUAGGUGCUGUUCUGAGCAUUAUUUGUGGCGGUAGAGUGGUGUUUCGGUUGAGGUUUGUUUAUGGCUCCUCAGACCGCUGUGUAUUGAUAUUGUGCGGUCGUUACUAAAGUUUGUAUAACUAGAGAAGCAAGCAGCAGACAACAUUCAUCUCUCGAGGGGGUGUCUGUCUCGAUGUUAUGGUGUGUUUGACCCCAAAUUAAUUUUACGGCGGAAUAUUCCUGUAAGCGUCCGAAUUCUUUUGAAAUUGGGAUUUACUCUCAAAAUGUAUCACUGCUUUUUAUAAACUCUAAAGCCAUUACAUAACUGUCAGUCUAUACCUGGAAUCAUUUGUGCAUUUCCAUUUCUAUUGAUUCCUGUUUUCUUCUUUCUCCAGAUUGGGCUGUUCUCCAGGGUGCUUUCCUCCUUGCUGAUAAGCUGUGUCUCCCCUCGUCCCUGUCCUUACUUCAGAAGGCUGAAUGGAGCAGGGUGGGACAUCUGGUCCCUGAGGCAAUCAGGGAAAUCUGUAGACAUUAUGAACAUCCUACUACAGUAGCUGUUAGCUGGAUAAAAAAGGUGGUCUGUGUUUUGUGGCUGAAGGUGUUGAGCAGAGAGGCUGACGAGGAUGUAGAGACAUCAUGGAGGGAGAAUCCUUUCUUCCCUCUCCAGAACAGCCUCCCUGAAGUCAACCCCGCUGUCCUCCUGGAGGUGGUGAAGUCCACAAAAGCAGCUCCAACAUUUGCCCAUCUGUUGUUGUAUCUUCCCAAGUCUCAGGUCUGCACUGAGCUGGACAGGCUGGUGCAACAUGUGAAGAGCAGCCCAACCAGAGAGGAUGAUGUGCAACUGUUUUUGGAGGUGUGGUGGGAACUGUGGAAAGGCGGAGAUGAGAGGAAAUCCAGCGGAGAGGAUCAUAUGGAAACGAUGUUUGCUCAACAGUGUGCCCGUCUUUCCACUGAGUCUUCUGGUGUGACUCAUCAGGCUGCCAAGAGGUUGAAGCUGGACCCAGAAGAUGAAGCAGCAUCAUUAUCUAAUGAUGACGCCCUGCACAUUCUCCUUCAUGCACUGAAAGAUAUUAAACAUCACAUUUCUACCACAGGUCUUUGCCUCCAAGCCCUCUCCAUUUCCCUUGAUGCACUGUAUACGGCUUUUCUUAUUGGCGGAGCUGUAACACCUUCAACUGAGGAGAAGUUGCAGAUUUUGUCCAAAGCUGUGAGCAUCAGAGAAAGGAAUGAUGAGAAACCGAGUCCUGAGCUCAUUUGGGACGCUCAGAGGGACCUGCGUGCCUCUCAUGCUCUAUCUCAGUUCCAGCCCAGCAGGAUGAAGUUUAGUGAGGCCUUAAAGAUUAUUACUGAAGCUGCUCAGUUUUGGCAAAACACAGGACUCCUGAAAGUCUGUGACUCUUGCUACUCAACACUCAAGCUGGAGCAAAGUGUCCAAAGAGUCCUGGCAGCUCUACCUGAAGCAGAGGGUCCUGAAGCUAUCACUGAGAUCAACUCACUUCGAGGUCUGCUGGAGUCGCUGGCUUUCCCUGCUGUAGAGAGCACCCCAGAAGUGAUGUCAAGGGUCUCAGCCAUGAUUGUGAGUCACCGCCUGGAUGACUACCAGGACUUUGCGAUGCUGUUUGCCGGCAAGAAGAGUUGGGCUGCAUGUGGUCAGCACUGGAUGGACUGUUUGGAGAAAAAUCAAGCAGUCUUUCAGAAUUCAGAUACACUCACCAAACUCAGCUCCACCCUCAAGAGUGAACUCCAGAGUCAGAGCACAGAUGUGAGCCAGUGCAGGAAGCUGAUGAAAAUUAUCUCUGAUAUAUUCUCUGCACUUUCUUUACAAGAUAAGAACAAAGCGCUGGCUGAAAUGUUGAGGGUGUCCAGCAGGGGGUUUUUUGUGUGCUUGGUUCCUCCUGCUGUGAGUGACGGGUUCGAACAGGAGCUCAACAUGGCCUUCAACUGCAUCAUCCAAGGAGGAGCAGCAGUGGCAUCUCAGAGCAAUCUGAACACAGCGGUCUCUUUGGUUGCAAGAGUUGCGUAUCAGAAUCCAGAGGCUGCUCUGAGGUCAUGUUGUCAUUCAGCUGUUUUCAAUAAAGGAGCUUUUUCUCUGAUGGCUGCAAUCCUGCAGCAGCUGCCUGGACUCAGAGGACAGAGGGGAGGAGAAGACGGAGCUCAAAAUGAUGAGGAGGACAGAGAAGAGUCUGAGGAAAGUGAAGAUGGGGAGAAGGAUGCUUCGAGUGGGAGCAGUCUUCUCUGCAGGUGUCUACAGGAGGUCAUCAACACCAAAUCAUUGUCUGGGAAUGAAAACGAGCAGCUCCUGAAGUUCCUGGGCCUGCUGAUGAUGCCUGUUGUAGCCAAUGAAGGAGGAGAGAGGAAGGAAAGCUUCCUGCUACCUCAGGAGGUCGUGAACAUCUUUGUCCUGCCGAAUCUUUCUGCGAUAGGUGAGUUUCCAGGAGGAAUUUUUAUUUGAUGUGUUAAACUUAGACACUUUUAGUCUCACUUUCAAGAAAGUUUGAAUUUGCAUGAUAUGUUCAUCAUGUCUGCUCUUUCUAAUGUGUUUUUAUCCUCCUCAGGUAAAAGCUGCUUGGACAUAGAACUGAGUCUGCAGCUUCUCCACACUGCUCUGUCUGUGGACGCUCAAGAGACGACUUGUUCCCCUCACUGGGUGAUGAACUGCUCUCCUUUCCCUCUUCUUUACAUCCUGGCACAGCUGCUUAACCACACUCUCAGGUUUGAAAGACGACUGCUGUCUUUUAUCGACUUAAGUAAUUUUCCCCCAUUCUUAAUAACGUCAUGCCACUUUACUUCAGGUUGUGGUGAUUAUUUUUCACAAAAGAAAAAGACUUUUUGAAGUAUUUUUUGCCAAAAUUUUGAUUCAUAAUCUUAUUAAAUCUCCCACUGCUGUAGGUGUUGGGAGCAGCCAGCAGAAGGCGCUGUCAGCCUGCGGUACAUUGACACCAGGGAGCUCCUGGUGUCAGUGCUGACCUCUCUGGGGCAGGUGGUGGGUGCAGAGGUGGCAGCAGCUCCCAGCAGCUGGUCCAGAGCUCUGUUCUGGCUCUACAACAAGCUGGAGGAACUGGACUGGACUGUUCGGUUCCACUUAAAACCCGUGUGGGGGGAACACUUCAAAAACGAAGUUCCUUCUGCUCUACUGACGGUCUGUGACCUACCUGAGCAGGUGAGAACUUUUUCUAUCUUUUCCUUCAGGUGCAAUAAAAUAUACAAAAACAUGAUACUGUCAACAUCCUGGCCAGUAAAGUAAAGUACAUAAAGUAACCUAAAGUAUAUCAGACAUUUCCCUUCAGAUAAGGUCUCUGUUCCUCCCGUUAUUUACACACAUCCAACCUCAGAAGGAGGAAUCGUUUGCAUGUUGCAGCUUCUUUCUUGACUGACACUGCGCAACAUGGCUCAUUACGGCAUUGCGUCACUCCCUGACGGGUCACAUCCCUCCUCUCUUGGAUAUAGCAACAUCAAACUGAACAGAGCGCACAUUUAACAGUUCUAUAACAUAACCCUGCAACCUUAGCAUGUGACUUUGGGCCUUUUGCAGGCGCAUGAUUUUGUUUGCAAGAAACUUCUUUUUAUCACCACUUAAAAUCUAUUUUUACUGACAUCUUAUGGAGGUUCAAAAUGUUUGUGGAGACGCAGCCCAGACUUGAACAUUAUUCUCAUUGUUGAAACAUAUCAGUCAGUUUUUUUUGCGCCUGUUUAAACACCCAGUCAUCCAACUUAACUUGAACAAAACCCUGAAACUGCAGCAAUAAAAAGCACUUAUUUGCCGUGAAAUAAUCUGAAUAGUUACUGAUUAGCUGUGUGAACUUUGAGCUUUGGCUCUGACCACACUGUGAUCCAGGAAGCAGGAUUAAUCGAAGUAGCUGUUUUGUAACAACUGAAGCAGAAAGUGAGUUACUGUUAUUUGUUGGCAGAGACAUUUAUCUCUCUUAAUCAAGGCCUGGUUUUUUAAGUAGAGGCUGCACCACUGCAUGUUUAAAACCUAGUGGAACAACACCAGAGGACAGACUGCCAUUUAUGAUAGCCAGAAUAGACUGACCUAUGCAGGGGAAAACCUCUUUAAACAGCCUGGGAGGGACAACAUCACAGGGAGAACCUGCAGGCUUAAUAUGGCCAACCAGCUCCUCUAAAAAUGAUAAAGACACAGGCUCAAACAUAUCAAGAACUGCCGAACAAGGAACAGGCACAGAGGGGUCGGAUGCUUCAGGAUCCCCGUAUUCACACUGAAACAAGUACAUUUCCAUCACAUAGUCUCUCUGUCCUUGUGCUCUCUCCUCCGCCCCUGCAGGAGUGGUCCAGUUUGGACCUGCCUCAGUACAGCCAGGGAACAGGUCUCCUGGCCUGGAUGGAGUGCUGCUCUGUAUCAGACUCCCUGCAGUCCACCAUGUUGGCUCAUCUCUCCCUGGACCAUCGUCGACCUGACCACGUCAACAUGUUCAGCAAAGGCCUGCUGGUGGCUCUGACCCAGACUCUGCCCUGGUGCUCGAUGUCGCAGUGGACCAGACUGCUGAGAGUCCUGAAGGAGCUGAUCUCGUCAGGCCGCCUCCACGUUCCCUUCUCGCUUGAGUAUGUGGACUACCUGCCACUCCUGGAUCUGAGGAGGUUCUCCUGUGAGCUCCGCCUGUCAGUCCUCUUGCUAAGGGUAUUUCAGCUGCUCUGUGGGUCGAGCUGCUCAGACUGGCUGUCAAAGGACGGCUGGGCCCAUGUCGGCAGGUUAUACGCCCAGUCUGUGAGGGAGAUGAUGAACUCAGUGAGAGCCAAGCUGCCUCUCUCUUCCUCUGGUGCUCUGAAAGUCUCCGAAUCAACGUCUCCUAAAACCCCUUCUUGCACUUCAAUCAGAGCUCCCAAAAUGCCCAAAGACACAGUUAAAGAUCCCAGACCAGCAGAGGACUUACAUUUGGAGAUGGAGGAGGAGGAGACAGCUCCCAGCCAGGAAGUGCUUUUUGUCCUAAGCCAGCUCUUCUGUCAUGUUCAGCACGUACAGGUAGGAUUUAUCAAGACUGUCAUCACCAAGAUACUUAAUCUGUGAUCAGCUCUGUGGUGUAAAUUAACCUUGUGUUAAAAGAACAACUGCAAAUCUGUGUCUGUUUGCAAGACGAGUGUAUAAAAUUAGUGCAGAUUCACUGGAUUUUUUUCACCAGGACCUAUUUUAUCAUGUUGUGAAGCUGAAUAAACACAGUGUGAAUACAGUUAGUCUCUCAUGUUACACUCCGCUUAGCUACAGCUGACUUCUGCUAAUUUACUUUUAAGUGCACUGAGGUAAAACUGGCGGUGGUCAAAGCUGCACUUUAACUUUAGUCUGGACCACUUCAGCCCAAGAUGAUUAUUAUUUGGAUGCAUCAAGUUAUAUUUUUCCUCUUAUUCACCGGCUUUGAUCAAGGGACAGGGAGCUCCCAGGGAGAAAGAGGACACUUCCCUUUGCUUUCAUGUGAAAGGCCAAGGCAGGGAGGGCAGCAGCAAAGACUCUCAGGGUCCAGAACAGAGUAGGCAUCAAGUGACAAUACAUAUGAUACUGGUAUAAUAAAGGAAGAGAUGGGGGAAUGUUGCUGUUGCUAAUUGGAUGGGCAGAAGUUUUAUGAGCCUGUGUUUUUGCCAACAGUGCUUACAGGUUGAUGGUGGCUUGGUUUAGAGGAGAGCUCUUCAAUUAAAUAAAACAGUUGCCUGUUAAAAGACCUUUCCAUCAGCUGACCAUCUGAGUGUGUCUGAUCAUAGAUGACUCUCUCACCGUGUCCUUAAUCAACACGUAAACCCUGCAGUCAUGUUUGUCUUUCAAGAGUUGUAACCUUUAUUUUCUCAGUUGGUAAUGCUCGUCUGACUAGUUUACAGGGGGGCCUCUUUAACAUACUGUUGUGACUGAUUAGUACUGGGUGGUUUUGGAGCUCUUCCCUUCGAUCACUUUGACCAGGUUAGCAUGAAUAUAUCAAACUGUCACUUGAUUUUAAUAAGCUCUUUUGUACAUAUUGCUUUUGUUACAGUCAGGAUUCUAUUAUUCUUAGAGUCUGAAAGCAUAAUGUAAAGAAUUUCAUCAGUGAGGCAGUUUUUGUUUAUGAAAAUGAUGCUUGUUUUUAAACCAGAAACUGGAGCUUCAGUGUUGUUCAGGAUAUGGGACUACAUGGACUGUGAGUUUUUGUCAGUGAUGUUUGGUAGCUCUGAAAACAAUCUUACUAGUUGAAAAACUGAGAAAAGUCCCUUCACACAAGAGUCGAAUCCCUCUAAAUUCAGUGUGCAUAAUACAGAGAGAACAAAAACCUUUCCAAAAACAACUCAGACUGAAGUCAGCUGUCUGUGUAUUCAUUAUGUAAACACUUGUACAUCCAGGUCAUCAUUUAUGAUAUCAUCUCUCCCCUCCAGGUGAUGAUGCCCGGAGGUCAGAGUGAACCAUUGUUCCUCUCGUGUCUGGAGAUCCUCAGCCACUACGAGGCCAUCAUGGCUGCUUUCCCACAGAGCAGCAGCGCACUGGAGAGUGAAAACACUCGUCACUUCUUCUCCACCAUCACCGACAACCUGGACAACGCAGAGAUGAAGGCCGUGCUGAAGCAGAAGAUCGCUCAGCUGGUGUCUUCGGCUGCCUGAGAAAUUUAUUUUCCGUGUUGACAAAAAAUAAGAAAUGCCCAAAACUCUGUAGAUAUUUACUAUUUCUCUAGAGUUUGCUUUUUCAUUCCAUACCAUGCACUUAAGACAGCAAAACUAAAAUGAUUUGAUAACUUGAAUGAAUAAAAAGGAGAUAUUUCACAGGA